AUGGAAGCCACGAAAUUAAAAAAGAAAAAAAAUACGAUAAAUAAAGGGAAGCUUAAAAAAACUAUAAAAAAUGUUAUAUGUCGACCUGACCCUGUUUCGUGGUCAACAGUUACAGAAACUGAAGAAAAUUUAUUGAUUUCUGCCCUAAUCAAACAUCGUAUCAAUAUUCCCGAUUUAAAAAAGCCUCAUUGGAAUGAAUUGAAAUUAAUACCAAAACAUGAACGUCCAAAACCACAGCCAAUUGAAAAAGUUGAUGGGCUUUUAUUUGGAAUGGCUGUUUGUAGAAGUGCUAUAAUAAACAAUGAUUGUUCAGCGGUAAUAAUAGAGGCAUUAAUUGAACCAAAAAUUAUUGUACAAUCAAUUACUGAAGCAUGCAUAUCUUCCAAUAUACCAGUAAUUUGUUUAAACAAUUUAAAAAUAUUAACCAAAAACAAUUUUGGAAUACAAACAAGUUGUUUAGCUGUAAAAAAAGGAUGUUUAUCAGAAAUCAGUAAAAUUGUGAAAGAAAUAUAUGAAAAGCACAAACCACAAUUAAAGGAAUCGCCUAAUAAUAUCUCUGACAGUGUUAAUUUAGAAAACAAACAAUUAGAAAAAGAAGAUUCACAAAAAAUAACGAAUGUCAGUAAUGAACCGUCCAGGAAUCCCUAUCUAUUUAGAACUAGUAAAAAAACUAGAGUAUUUGUGCCAUCUAAUAAACCAGAAAGUGAAAAAAUUAAUAAAUUUGGUGGACAAAAUUUUAUCAAGUUACCUACUGAGCAAAAUGAAAGUAAAGUAGAUAGUAAGAAAUAUAUGAGAAUGAUAUUAAAGAAAAUAUCAAAUAAUCCAAAUAGAAAAAGAAAAGCUAAUGAAAUUAUAGAAUAGAUUUAUGUAUUUUAAAUAAUUUUUUUAUAAACUGUAUAUUUUAGUUUUCUUUUCUGUGCGAAAUUUAAUUAAAGUAUAUUGAUAACUAUACUAAUUUGUCUACAAUACAUAUACAGUGUUAAAUUCCUAACUGCAUUCCUUCAAAUGGGAGACCUGUAUGUGUAUAAUAGACUAAGUGUGUUGUAAAAAAAUAUUCCUAGACCAUUUAUAAAUUUGAAUGAAAUUGUUGUAUGCGACAGUUAGUAUUAAUAUUUUACUUUAUCAACAUUAUUUAGGGCUAAGAAAAACAGCAUUGGACGAUUAUGCAGAGAUACGUAGCCAGAGCUUGAACAUAUUAAGAAAAAUUUAAUUUUAAAAGAGCUAGGAAUUUUUUUUCAUAGGAAUGUGAUUUAUACUCCCAUUUUAAGGAACGCAGUUAGAAGUCGAACACCUAUAUAUUAUGUAAUUUAUUUGUUUUUAUUUUUUGACUUUAUUGACCAUAAAUUUGUAUUGUGCAUAAAGUAAUAGUUGUUCUGGCAA